CUCACUCGCUCCCUCCUCCCACACUUUCUCCCACUCCCACCCUCCCACUUUCACUUCCACUUCCACUUCUCACUCGAUUCAUCCUCUUCUCCUCCCUCUGUCCUGCGUCUCUCAAUUUCCAAUCAACUGCAAUCAUAAUAACCCACUCUACAUGUGUCUGCAUCUCCCCCACGCCUAUUGACCCGAGGUCUUCUAGUCAACCCCUCUUUCGCUUCCUCUCGCAUGUCGCGCCGAACCUCCUGGUCUGAACCUGCCUAGUGCCUGCCAUACCCUGUCGGUCCCUGCAUCGAGUUCCCAAAAGUCAUGCGCCGCUCAGUCAGAAAUCAUACCUUGAAUAAAACGUCUACUCUGCCCCGCUGAAACCCCCCCGGCGACCCUGAUUCCCCUCCCUCGCCAUAAUGUCUGUGAUUGUGAAACCGCCCAAGCGCAAACUCGACGACCUUGAAGGGCCCCUCGCAUCGAACCGCAGACGAUUGCCGCAUAGCCCGUAUGUCUCCAGUGGCUCACAGUCAGUCGACCCCGCCUAUGGAGAUGAGACUCCGAGGGAGCGAGUACACAGCCUCCCGGGAGAGAACCCAGAGGCCUCACAUUGGUUCGCUCCCUCUUUGAGGGGUGUCACCUCUAGCCGGGGCUCCCCCACCGCCUUCGAAGGCUCCAUCCAAGUCCCACGAAAAUUCACACGCGAUUCCUCCAUCGUGCUGAUCGGCAUCCGAGGCACGGGCAAAUCGAGUCUGGCGGUGAUACUCGCGGCGACCACGGGACGGCGAUUGAUCGACGCAGACCGGUAUUUCCAACAAAUGACCGGACGGUCGCGGGCGGCGUACAAGAAGGAAUUCGAUCUGGUGGAGUAUCGACAGCAGGAGGCCAGAGUGAUGGAGUCGAUGCUGGCGGAUCAUCAAGAAGGCUGCGUGAUCGCAUGCGGGCCGGGCUCCAUGGAGCGCAGCGGCCAGAUGCUGCUGCGCGAGUACGCCAGAACUCACCCGGUGAUCUAUCUGCUGCGCGACGCGGAAAGUAUUCAGUCUUACCUGAAGGCUUGGAAUAUCGACAAGGUCCGUCGAUUCCUCGGAUUGGCAGGGCCGAUCUAUCGGGCAUGUUCCAAUUUGGAAUUCUUCAACGUGUCAGAGAAAGGCAUGGCGGAGCAUGCCGCCGCCAAGGAUGGCAACCAUGCCCAGCUGGAGCCGGAAUUGGACCAGCGGUUUCAGGCAAUCACGCCUUUUCUGACCUUGAAACGACUGCAACUUGAUUUUCUGCGUUUCAUCGCUUUCGCCACGGGGGAUGCGACCGAUCUGAGCGGCCUGAACGCCUCCUUCCCGCUGUCGACGCAAGCGAUCGAGUCCCGAGCCUUUACGUAUGCUGUGACCGUGCCCAUUUCCUCAUUGUUAGAGCGGGACUUGGAUAUCGAAGACCUUGAGUCCACGUCUGACGCGUUCGAACUGGAAAUUGACAUCACGGAACCACCGUCUUCCCGUCUGGCGGUGGAUUCCGGCAUUGCCGACAAGAUUAGCCAUGCGGUUGCGAACAUGCGACGAAACACGGUAGUCCCACUCGUCUAUCACGUGGAGAGUAAUGUAGGUUUCGGUAGUCAUAAUGGCGAGCACAACGAACGCUCGCGGCGGUCCAGUGACGAGUAUUUAAACCUGAUCCAGCACGGACUACGCUUGGCGCCGGAGUUUGUGACGGUCGACCUGUCCUACGGCGAUGAGAUCCUGUCCCAAAUCAUCGCCUCCAAAGGCUCAAGUCGUGUCAUCGGACAUUAUGCUGCCACCCAGCCCCCGCCGAAGGGAUGGGACGAUCCCACGUACAUGGAUCUUUAUGAGCGAGCCAAGCGGCUGGGCUGUGAUCUUGUACGGUUAACUCAACCUGCGCUCUCCAUAGACGACAAUUUUGCCGUUCAACGAUUUCGUGAUUCUUUCAAAAACCUUCCCACUCCGCAACUCCCCGUCAUAGCAUACAACUCCGGUCUGCUCGGUCGGCUGUCGUGUUGUUUCAAUCCGAUCUUGACGCCCGUGACCCAUCCAUCUCUUCUAUCCGAAACACAACUCAAGGGAGUUCCAUGCAUCACUCUGCGCGAAGCCCAAGAGGCUCUGUAUUCUUCGUUUACCCUGGAUCCGAUGCAAUUCUUCCUCUUUGGUGGCAACGUCACCUACAGUCUGUCUCCGGCCAUGCAUAAUGCGGCUUACAGUCUCUGUGGCAUGCCUCACGUGUACCGGAUCCACCAAUCGUCUACCCUGCGUGGAUUGAACGAUCUGGUCUCCAAUCCCCAUUUUGGAGGUACGAGUGUCAGCUUGCCGUUCAAGACCGAAGUAAUACCGCUUCUCCAUUCGAUGUCUCCGCAUGCGCGCGCAAUCGGCGCUGUGAACACCUUAAUCCCAAUCCGCGACCAUGACGAAAAAGCCUUCAAUUCCGACAUUUCCCCUUUACCUAUGGGCAAAAGCCGUGCGGGGCCCGUGAAAGCUCUACAUGGGGAUAAUACCGACUGGAUCGGCAUAGGCAAUUGCUUCCGUCGAGGUCUAUCGCCGGCCAACGCCGUGCGACCCUUGUCCACGGGUUUGGUCAUUGGGGCAGGCGGUAUGGCUCGCGCUGCUGUCUACGCGAUGAUCCAUCUUGGGGUGCAGAAUAUUUUCGUGUACAACCGGACCGUUGCCAACGCAGAAAAAUUGGCCCGGCACUACAACCAACAGAACCUGCAGUCUCCGGGCCGAGCAGGGUCGACGACCCGCCCCCACGUGCACGUUUUGCGAUCGCAACAAGACAGCUGGCCUGUCAAGUACAAGCAACCGACUGUCAUCUGCUCCUGUAUUCCCACGCAUAGUAUCGGGGGUGCACCGGCGCCGAAUAAUGAGAUACCGCCGCAGUGGCUUGAAAGCCCAACCGGUGGUGUAGUUGUCGAGUUGGCCUACAAGUCCCUCAACACGCCCCUGAUUCAGCAAAUCCGCGCUCUCUCCCACCGUGGCUGGGUGGCAUUGGACGGAUUGGAUGUGCUUCCGGAGCAGGGGUUCGCUCAGUUUGAGCUGUUUACCGGUCGCCGUGCGCCCCGACGGUUGAUGCGCACGGUGGUGUUGAAGGAGUACAAGGAGGAAGAAGGGCAGUAUGACCCACAAGCCAUUCAAAAUCGGCUUGAAAAUCUGAAUGGACAACCCACUUGAUGAUGACGAUGGAAAUGGAUUCUUGGCAGCUUGGUAUAGCUGCUGUAAUGCAAUGAAUGAUGUUGCUGCGGAUUCUCUCGGUCCUGUCAGCGACUGUUUCGAUGAGCAAUGCAUUGAAGUGCCGACUGGUGACUUGUAUCUCGUGUCUUGUGUCUCUUUGUAACAGCGUCCGUAGUUGCUGAGGUUUGUAUGUGAUGCCUUCGUUAAACCAACGAAGCAGAGUAGAG